AAAAAAAUCGCCAAUGAGAAUUUCCAAUCACUUUCCAGAAGAAAUGAGAGAACGCAGAAAGCGCCUGUACGAUCUCCAACACAGCUAUAACGAGAGACAAAUCACAACGGUGAUCAAAGGUGACACACUUGUGUUCCCGAGUAACGGAUCCGUAUACCGUGAAAAAGUCAACAGACCGUCAGCCGAUGAAUUACUCGAUGCCUCGGGCGACAAAAUCGAAACGAAAGUAUUCGAAGGAAAACAUACAGAGGAUAACGGAAACCGAUUCUCAUCAUAUGCAGCUGAAGUUAGCUCGGUAAAACAUGUAAACCAAGCCUUGAAAAAAAUACUCCGACUACCCCGAGUAAGUAGCCCGACCCACAAUGUAUACGCAUACGUCUUCAUUAAUUCAGAAAGAGUGACGCAUGAGGGCAGUGAUUAUGAUGGAGAACAUGGUGCUGGCCGGGCGUUGUUGCGAGAGAUGAUAGACAAUAAUAUUAAAAAAUUGCGUCGUUGUCGUCUCCAGCUGGUUCCAUAG